CCACUUAUUUCAUUUUGAUGCGGUAACUUCCUGGUGUGUCAAUGCAAUUUUGCAUUUCUAUCUUAGGAAAAGGAAAUUUCGGUGUAAAACUUCUGCCGACAGAUGCCCUUACUGUUAGUUCACUGAGUGAGCAUAUUGUAUGUCGUGUAGUCGAUGUGAUAUGGCUACGAGUAAUACAGAAGAAGUUGAGGAAGUAGAGCGGAAGGAGCAAUUGGUACCAAGUUUUGAUGAAUUUCCACCAGAGGUUCUAAUUAAACAUCCUCUACAGCAUGCAUGGACUCUUUGGUACUAUGAACCUGAUAGAAAUAAAACAUGGGAAGAAAGUCAAAGAAAAAUUACAAGUUUUGAUACAGCAGAAGAUUUUUGGAGCUUAUACAAUCACAUAAAGUCUGCAUCAGAUUUAAGACAAGGUUGUGACUAUAGUAUGUUCAAGCAAGGAAUUAGACCUAUGUGGGAAGAUGAUGCUAAUAAAUGUGGUGGAAGGUGGCUUAUAAACUUAGAUAAAAAACAAAGAGCCACAGAUUUAGAUCACUUUUGGUUAGAAACUCUGUUAUGUAUGAUUGGUGAAGCAUUUAAUGGAUACUCUGACGAUGUUUGUGGAGCAGUAGUAAAUGUGCGAAACAAAACAGAUAAAAUUGGCAUAUGGACAGCAAAUGCCAAUAGGGAAGAUAGCGUCAUGGAAAUUGGACGUAAAUUAAGAGAGAGAUUAAAAAUUUCAUCCAAGAUCUCUAUAGCAUACCAAAUACAUAAAGAUAUUAUGGUCAAAAUAGGAAGUCAAACAAAGAAUGCCUAUGUACUCUAGAAAUUGUUGAUGUUAUAUUAAUAUCAUCAUUACUCAUUAAAAACUUAAACCAGGUUAAAUAUGUAUUAUUGAUAUGAAUAUCAUGCAAGAUCGAGUCAGAUUACUGCAUCAAAUUAAAUUAAGAUCCAGUGCAAAAUUUUUAAUUACUACGUCUUCAUUGUAGCUAAGUAUUUUUCUAAUGCAAGUCAUUGAACAAAAACUAAUAAAUAUGUACUAAAGUAAAUGUAUAUCGUAUUAAUAUAAAAAUUUGCAUUCUUGUAAUACGUAACUUAAGAUUAGGUAAUGAGAGAUACGCACAGGCUGCUGUAUUUUUCAGAAGACAACAUAAAUAAUACGAUUAUAAAUUAUUAUUAUUAUUACUAUUAUUACUUGAUUAAGUAAUUUUCUUCACACAUACCUUUCUCUAUGCGUAUCAUACGUAAUUCAUAUAAACAAGACUGGUACAAAGAACACUAGGAUGUCAUUUUCAGCAAAGAAAUGACAAAAUACAGCAACCUACUUUACUUC